CAGAUGGAGUUCCAAAGAAACCCACAAGCCAAUCUCACUGCAGAGAUGGAGUUCAUUCUUCUGGGAUUUUCUGAUAUUCCUGACCUUCAAGUGUUUCUUUUUGUGAUAUUUGUCUGUGUCUAUCUGACCAUUCUGGCGGGAAAUAGCACCAUCAUUCUCAUCAGCAACAUCGACCCGACUCUCCAGACUCCAAUGUACUUUUUCCUCAGUCAUUUUUCCUUUUUAGAAAUGUGUUAUGUUUCUGCCACUCUUCCCAGAAUGCUGGAAAAUCUCUGGACUCAGAAAAGAAGUAUUUCUUUGUUAGCCUGUGCCAUACAGAUGUGCUCCGUGCUUAUACUCGGGAACAUAGAGUGCCUUCUGCUGGCCGUGAUGGCUUAUGACCGCUAUGUAGCCAUCUGUAACCCUCUGCACUACCCGCUAGUCAUGAACCACAAGGUCUGUGUCCAGCUGGUAGCUGCCUGCUGGGUCACUGGAGUUCCUGUAGAGAUAGGGCAGACCUGCCAGAUUUUCUCUGUGUCCUUUUGCAAAUCCAACCAAAUCAACCACUUCUUCUGUGACAUCCCGCCAAUACUCAAGCUGGCUUGUGGGGACACUUUACUGAAUGAGAUGCUGGUCUUCAUGGUGGCUGUGAUAUUUGUGAUGGUUCCAUUCCUGUUGAUUCUUGCUUCCUACUUUCGAAUCAUCUCCACCAUCCUGAAGUUGCCAUCAGCAACAGGACGGACUAAAGCCUUCUCCACCUGCUCAUCUCAUGUUAUAGUGGUGGUUUUAUUCUUUGGAUCUGCAAUCAUUACCUAUUUAAGACCCAAAUCCAAAAAUUCAUCUAAAGCUGACAAGUUUCUCUCUCUGUUCUAUACCAUAGUCACUCCCAUGUUUAAUCCCAUAAUAUACACUCUGAGAAAUAGGGAUGUUAUGGUGGCUUUGAGAAAAUUGCUUCCUUGA